AUGGCUGGUUACAGAGCAGAUGAUGAAUACGAUUACCUUUUCAAGGUUGUUUUGAUUGGUGAUUCUGGUGUUGGAAAGUCAAAUUUGCUGUCGAGAUUCACCAAGAACGAGUUUAGCCUCGAGUCUAAAUCCACGAUCGGUGUCGAGUUCGCGACUCGGAGUUUGAAUGUUGAUGAUAAAGUCAUCAAAGCUCAGAUUUGGGAUACUGCUGGUCAAGAAAGGUAUCGAGCCAUCACUAGCGCGUAUUAUCGAGGAGCUGUUGGGGCGCUUCUUGUAUACGAUGUAACCAGACACUCGACAUUUGAAAACGUCGAGACGUGGCUGAAAGAAUUAAGAAACCACACUGAUCCUAACAUUGUAGUCAUGCUCGUGGGAAACAAAUCUGAUCUUCGCCAUCUCGUGGCUGUUCAGACGGAAGAUGCGAAAUCAUUUGCCGAGAAAGAAUCUCUUUACUUCAUGGAAACUUCGGCUCUUGAAUCCACCAAUGUCGAGAACGCUUUCGCGGAAGUCCUAACUCAGAUUCACCACAUUGUGAGCAAGAAGGCGAUGGAAGCAGCGAGCGAAUCAGCUAAUGUUCCAUCGAAAGGAGACAAGAUCGAUGUCGGUAAAGAUGUUUCUGCUGUGAAGAAAACCGGAUGCUGCUCGAACUAA